AUGGAUAUGGAGAUCGCGGUGGUGGAUCACGGUGAUGCUCGGCGGGAUGACGCUCAAGCUGACAUAACUGUUGGAUCUUCUCUAACUGCCGUGAAUGGCAACUCUUCAUGGCUUUCUCCUUCUGGAGACUUCGCUUUCGGCUUUCGAUCAUUGUCCAACGGUAACAACGCCAAGGAUGAGCGACUCUUCUUGCUUUCCAUUUGGUACAACAAGAUACCUUCGAAAACCGUCGUCUGGUUUGCGAAUGGAGAUCGUCCUGCACCUGAAAAUUCGAAACUAGCGCUCACUUCCAACCUGGGGCUCGUCCUCACCGAUCCUCAAGGCGAGGAAUUGUGGAAAUCGGAGAGCAUUCUCGGUGAUGCCUCACGCGCCAUUUUCAAUGACACGGGCAAUUUUGUGAUUCUUGAUUCGAAAUUGGAGAAACUAUGGCAGAGCUUCAAAGACCCCCGCAAUACGUCAUUUGUUGUUGUUGAAAUGUUUUGGAAGGUUCUGUUAAAGAAAAUCCGAAUGAUGAAACGUUCUUCAUGGACUAAAAUGGUGAAGAAAAGUUACUGUGUGUGCACGAGUGGAAAAGGACAAAAAUGGUGGAAUUCGAAUUUUGAGGGCAAGGAAGAAACUCGCCGGUUCCGGACGCUGGGGAAGAAUGAACUCCUUGCCUCUCGUCGAUCAGAGGAAAUCUUCUCCAGAGGGAAAUUCCAGCUUCGGAUGCUCAACAGGGGAGACCUCGUGCUCAACACGAUAAACCUGCCUUCCAAUCGUGCUAACGAGGAGUACAACAUCACCAAAACUGCCGAUGAUUCGAACGGAUCGGCCUCGUCGGGGAAAGAACUUGUGUUUAGUGACUCGGGAUCUCUGUUUGUUUUGAAGGAAAAUGGCGAGGAAGUUUACCUCUCACGGGCGAAGGUGCCUUCGGCAUCGGAUUUUUAUCUCCGAGUGACGUUGGACUUCGAUGGGGUUUUGACACAGUAUGUGCACCCCAGGAACUCAAAUACUGACGGAAACUGGAGCAUCCUCUGGACCCGACCCAACAACAUAUGCUCAGCCAUUGUUUCUAGAAAUGGCAUCGGAGUUUGUGGGUACAAUAGCAUUUGCACUCUCGGAGAAAAUAACAGGCCGAACUGUAGAUGCCCCGACCGAUACACCUUGGUCGAUCCCAGUGAUGAGCAUGGUAAUUGCGUACCGAACUUCACUUUGAGUUCUUGUUUGGAAGAUGAGGAUAAGCGGAACCAUGGUUCGGCCGAGGACAUCUACGCUUUCGUGGAGCUUAAGAAUACAGCUUUUCCACCGGCCGGUUAUGAGAUGUUGGCGCCUUUCUCUGAGGAUGAAUGCAGGAACUCGUGCUUGCACGACUGCAUGUGUGCGGCGGCUGUUUACCGAGAUGGCGUGAAUUGCUGGAAGAAGAGGCUCCCUCUCUCCAAUGGGAGAGUCAACCCCCAGUUUAAUGGGAAGGCCAUGAUCAAAGUCCCGAAAAGCGACCUCCCUCUACCUCCCACGAACGAUUCCAAAUUCCCAAUCCCAGAGCUGAAGGUGAAAGAGAAAAAUCCCAGGACUUGGAUUUUGGCAGGAUCAUUGCUUUUGGGAACUUCUGUUUUAGUCAACAUCCUCUUCAUUGGUGCGAGCACUCUGGGUUUUUGCGUCAUCUACCGCAAGAAGCCUGAGAAAAUAAACCUUAGAGAAAAUCUAGUGGAGACGAAUUUGCAGUGUUUCGCUUACCAGGAGCUCUUCAAAGCCACGGAUGGCUUCAAGGAAGAGCUAGGGAGGGGAGCCUUCGGGAUUGUUUAUAAAGGGUUUAUUCCUAGUGAUGUAGCAGUUGCUGUGAAGAAGCUGACUAACGUAUUUCAGGACAAGGAGAAGGAAUUCAGAACCGAAGUGAAUGUUAUCGGUCAGACCCAUCACAAGAAUCUGGUCAGGUUACUCGGCUUCUGCGAUGAAGGGCAAGAGAGGUUGCUGGUUUACGAGUUCUUGAGCAACGGCACGCUGUGGAGCCUUCUCUUUACAGGUGAAUUCAGACCCAGUUGGAACCAAAGAUGCCAAAUCGCUUCAGCAAUUGCCAGAGGACUGCUCUACUUGCAUGAAGAGUGCACCAUGCAGAUCAUCCACUGCGACAUCAAGCCACGGAACAUCCUCCUCGACGAGUACUACAACGCGAGGAUCUCCGAUUUCGGAUUGGCCAAGCUCCUGAAGAUGGACCAGAGCUAUACUCUCACAAACAUCAGAGGAACAAGAGGGUAUGUCGCUCCGGAAUGGUUCAGGAGCUUGCCGAUCACCGCGAAAGUAGAUGUUUAUAGCUAUGGGGUGUUGCUGCUGGAGAUAAUAUGUUGUAGGAGUUGUUUGGGGGGCGAAAUGGGUGGAGAAAGAGAGAGAGAGCUCUUGACUGAUUGGGCUUACGAUUGCUUUGUGGAUGGAAAAUUGGAUGCGCUCGUGGAAGGCGACAUCGAAGCUUUGAGUGAGAGGGAGAAGCUGAAGAAUUUGGCGAUGGUUGCGUUUUGGUGCGUGCAAGAGGACCCGUCAUUGAGGCCAACUAUGAAGAAGGUGACUCAGAUGCUGGACGGAACAGUGGAAGUGCCGGUCCCUCCAUGUCCAUUCGCUUUUAGUAGCUGCACCACCAUCAUUCCUAAAUGAGAGCUGAGCUUCAAGCUAUGAACUUUAAUCUACUUAU